AUGACAGUCAAAACACCCCUUUACCAGACAGAAGACACCUGUACUGCCUGUGUGGCACAUAACUGUGUGGGCUAUAACUGUGUGGGCUAUAACUGUGUGACACAUAACUGUGUGGGCUAUAACUGUGUGGGCUAUAACUAUGUGGGCUAUAACUAUGUGGGCUAUAACUGUGUGGGCUAUAACUGUGUGGCACAUAACUGUGUGGGCUAUAACUGUGUGAGCUAUAACUGUGUGAGCUAUAACUGUGUGGGCUAUAACUGUGUGGGCUUUAACUGUGUGGCACAUAACUGUGUGGGCUAUAACUAUGUGGCACAUAACUGUGUGGGCUUUAACUGUGUGGGCUAUAACUGUGUGACACAUAAUUGUGUGGGCUAUAACUAUGUGACACAUAACUGUGUGGGCUAUAACUGUGUGGGCUAUAACUGUGUGACACAUAACUGUGUGGGCUAUAACUAUGUGGCACAUAACUGUGUGGGCUUUAACUGUGUGGCACAUAACUGUGUGGGCUUUAACUGUGUGGCACAUAACUGUGUGGGCUUUAACUGUGUGGCACAUAACUGUGUGACACAUAACUGUGUGGGCUAUAACUGUGUGGGCUAUAACUGUGUGACACAUAACUGUGUGGGCUUUAACUGUGUGGCACAUAACUGUGUGGGCUUUAACUGUGUGGCACAUAACUGUGUGGCACAUAACUGUGUGGCACAUAACUGUGUGACACAUAACUGUGUGGGCUUUAACUGUGUGGGCUAUAACUGUGUGGCACAUAACUGUGUGACACAUAACUGUGUGACACAUAACUGUGUGGGCUUUAACUGUGUGGGCUAUAACUAUGUGGCACAUAACUGUGUGGGCUUUAACUGUGUGGGCUAUAACUGUGUGGCACAUAACUGUGUGGGCUAUAACUGUGUGGCACAUAACUGUGUGGCACAUAACUGUGUGGGCUAUAACUGUGUGACACAUAACUGUGUGGCACAUAGCUGUGUGGGCUAUAACUGUGUGGCACAUAACUGUGUGGGCUAUAACUGUGUGGCACAUAACUGUGUGGGCUAUAACUGUGUGGGCUAUAACUAUGUGGGCUAUAACUGUGUGGCACAUAACUGUGUGGGCUAUAGCUGUGUGGGCUAUAACUGUGUGGCAUAUAACUGUGUGGGCUAUAACUGUGUGGCACAUAACUGUGUGGGCUAUAGCUGUGUGGGCUUUAACUGUGUGGCACAUAACUGUGUGGGCUAUAACUGUGUGGCACCUAACUGUGUGGGCUUUAACUGUGUGGCACAUAACUGUGUGGGCUUUAACUGUGUGGCACAUAACUGUGUGGGCUAUAACUGUGUGGCACAUAACUGUGUGGCACAUAACUGUGUGGGCUAUAACUGUGUGGGCUAUAACUGUGUGGGCUAUAACUGUGUGGGCUAUAACUGUGUGGCACAUAACUGUGUGGGCUUUAACUGUGUGGCACAUAACUGUGUGGGCUAUAACUGUGUGGCACAUAACUGUGUGGGCUAUAACUGUGCGGGCUAUAACUGUGUGGGCUUUAACUGUGUGGCACAUAACUGUGUGGCACAUAACUAUGUGGGCUAUAACUGUGUGGGCUUUAACUGUGUGGCACAUAACUGUGUGGCACAUAACUAUGUGGGCUAUAACUGUGUGGCACAUAACUGUGUGGGCUAUAACUGUGUGGCACAUAACUGUGUGGGCUUUAACUGUGUGGGCUUUAACUGUGUGGCACAUAACUGUGUGGGCUAUAACUGUGUGGCACAUAACUGUGUGGGCUAUAACUGUGUGGCACAUAACUGUGUGGGCUAUAACUGUGUGGCACAUAACUGUGUGGGCUAUAACUGUGUGGCACAUAACUGUGUGGCACAUAACUGUGUGGGCUAUAACUGUGUGGGCUAUAACUGUGUGGGCUAUAACUGUGUGGGCUUUAACUGUGUGGGCUUUAACUGUGUGGGCUUUAACUGUGUGGGCUUUAACUGUGUGGCACAUAACUGUGUGGGCUAUAACUGUGUGGGCUAUAACUGUGUGACACAACUGUGUGGGCUAUAA